CCUCUCCCAACCAACCAAUCUAUUUUCUACAGACCAACCUCUGUCUCUCUCUCUCUCUCUCUUCGUAUUCCCUGGAAAAGGAAAACCCCACCACUUUGUUUGCGCGUUAGUCGCACAUAUCAUCAUAUCAUACUCUUCGAGCAAAUGAAUGAAGCAAAUGAAUGAUGCCCUUCCCUCGCACUGUUUUUGCUUUCUUUCAAGUCGGCAUAUACAUAUAUAUAUGUAUUGAACCCAUUAUUUGGAAAAUGGCAAUGGUUUCUUGAGAUGAAUUCAUGAGGAAACAUGGAAGUGUUACUCAAAUAGAGAUAUAUGCAAGAAUGCUUUCUUGAGUAUCAUAAUUCUGUUAGUUGGCCACUGGCGAUUCAUCUCUCUUUCACACACACACACAACACAUACUGUUAAUUAUCAAACCCUAAUGGGGUUUGUUUGUGGAGCUGGUGUGGUUCUGAACCAAAGGGUUUCUGGGGUCUCAGAGACUUCUUUACUAAAAUGGGUUCGUCUUUGGUUAAUAGAUCUGACCAUUUCUGAUGUAGAUUGUUAGUUUUAGUUUUAUUUCUUACAAAAAAAAAAAUUGAACUUUUUCUUCUGUCUAUCAAGAAAAUUAUAUGGGCUUUAGAGAUCAGAAAUACGGGCAAGAUAGAGGUAGAGGGAGAGAGCAUCAGAGUGACAGAAGAGAGUGAGCACACGCAGGCAAUUGUAUAAAGAGUAUACCUUUGUAUAUACGUGUGCUCAUUUCUCUCUCUGUCACCUUCGCUCACUUCUAUCUCUAUCUAACCCCCCCUUUCUGGUUAUUUACACUGCACUGCACUGCACUUUCUUUAUGUGGAAAAAAAGCUGAAAAAGGUAAAGUUGGAUGAUAGGCCAGAGGCUCAAAUUCCGAAAAGAUGAGCAAGAAUUCAGCAAAGGAUGAGAGAAAUAAGCAAAUAUCAAAGAGAGACAUGAGAUGUCUGAGUAUCCACUUUGGAUUUGAUUCAGCUUAUUAGCCAAUCAAGCUCAUCCACACUGCCACUGACCAUGACUAUUCCACUGUUCAUCACUUACACAGACACACACCAAAAGAAGGCAUAAAGCACAUGAACAAGAUAAGAAUCACCCAGACCAAUGUUAAUCUCUUUCGAAUGAGUUUUUGAACCCAUUUUUCCUCUGUUCUUGGCAUGUCAUUUGAUGUGAUUUUUUGUAAUAAUUUUACCUUAUUUGGCAAGGAAAAAGAAUGGCAGUGAUAGUGUUAUUUAUUGGGAAGGAGCUCGUAUUCUGAAGCGUCAUAGCUUUUGAUGCUGCUGUCGGUGAGGAUAAAGUGGGUUUGGGAAGUUUUAGUUUCAGUCUUUCUAUUCCAUUGAGUGCAAGGAAAUAAUCGUCUUAUGGACACAAAUAUGGCUGUGGAUGCAACUCAAAUAUGGCAAGAUUUUCGUUUCCUUCACUGGGCAGAUAUGCGAGGGAUCAUGCCUGUGAAUAUCAAAGGAAAAUUCCAUUGUAAAGGUUUGGCAUACUGCUAUCAAUCUUUCAACACUCUCCUGCUGAUUUUCUGUCAUUUGUCACUCGUAUUAGUUUUGGGGACAACACGUAGCAUUAACUCCUUAAUUUCCUGAAACUUAAUCCCACAGAUUCAUCAUGGAAGAACCAAGCAUAUUAUCAGGUGCCACAACAUAUCGGUCAGGUGAAGUUUCGGAUUCCAACAGUAGCAGUCACCAAUUUCCUCUCAAGCAUCCAGCUAACGAUUGGAAGGCCUCUUCUUCAAAGUUUAAAGGCGUGGUGAGUCAGCAGAACGGGCACUGGGGCGCACAGAUAUACGCCAACCAUCAAAGAGUUUGGCUCGGCACUUUCAAAUCAGAGGUGGAAGCUGCAAUGGCGUAUGACAGCGCGGCCAUAAAGUUACGCAGCGGAGACUCACACCGGAACUUCCCAUGGACGGCCGUCACUGUUCAUGAACCAAAAUUCCAAAGCCAGUUGAGCACAGAAGUGGUCCUCAGCAUGAUCAAGGAUGGCUCGUAUGCUGCGAAAUUUUCCGAUUAUCUGAGGGAUGAAGUCCAAGAAGGCUGCAAGUUGGCAACUCUGCACGGCGCCAAGGGCGCUAAAUGGCGGCAACUUUUCGAGAAAGAGCUCACUCCAAGCGACGUAAGCAAGCUCAACCGGCUCGUCAUCCCCAAAAAGUAUGCAGUGAAAUACUUUCCCCGAGGGGACGGGGGUGGUUCGGAUGACGUUGAGCUCACAUUUUAUGACGUGACAAUGAAGCCGUGGAAGUUUCGUUACUGCUACUGGAGAAGUAGCCAGAGUUUUGUGUUCACUAGGGGGUGGAACAGAUUUGUGAAAGAGAAAGGGCUAAGACCAAGGGACAGGGUGAUAUUCUUUGCCUAUGAAUGCGGUGAAGGAUUUGAUGAAUAUCAGAAGCUGUGUAUGAUUGACGUGGUGUACAACAACGGUGAUGUUGUGGAAGGCAACGUCGACGGUAGUGUUGCGUCGCCGUUGAAGAUCGGGCAACCUGGAUUCGAUGGUUGCGACGAAGUUGAAAUUGAGGAGAAGAUGGAUUUUCAGGCUGGUUUUGAGCAAGUUGAGAAUGAAAGUGAGGAUGAGAACAAUGGUGGGGAAGUGAUGAAGGACAUUGAUGUUGGUAGUUCUUCCAUUAAUGCAGAGAAGAAGGGCCUUAAACUCUUUGGAGUUCAAAUUAUUUGAGGGUUUUGGUAAUAUCUUUAGCCAUCGACAUUUGAGUAGGCGCAUCAUAUCAGCAUUUAUGCCUCUAAUUUCAUAUUUCUUUUUGCUACCUAAGUUGUGCUUUGAUUUUAUUGAGAUUUCAUUUGCUGUUGAGACUAAGUUAAGCUCUGAGCUCCGAUUACUGAUUACAGCCACAUGCAUUCGCCAGCGGCUCUCAUCGGAAGGUGGGGUUGGUACUAAAUGCGUUGAAAAAUAUAAUUUUGGGAUCAU